UGAAUGUGCCAAAGUGAGUGUGUGUGCUUGGAUGUGACACAAAGAUUGACUCCGUCAGGCCUCUGCUGUCACUGUUAAAUCUCCGUUUACUGUUGUUGUUGUUGUUUUUUUUUUAAGUUAAAGUUUUUUAAGACAGUAGUAGUUCAAGGGAAACUUUAAAAAUGUUUUGCUCCGCGGUGCUCCUCUCUCUGAUUGCCGGUUUGGGUUCGCUCGGUUCCGUGUCGGGCUCCCCCGCUGUGGAGCAGGCCUACAGGGAUGUGCUUGCUGUGGUGGCGCCGGGUCAACAGUAUCUGACUCAGGAGGCUCUUCGCUCUCUUUUUAAUAUACUGGAGAAGCGUGUGCAGUGCGGUGAAGUGUCGUGUGAAAAGUGCAAUCUAACGGAGAGCAUCGACCAGCUGAUGAGCAAUCACUCCAUCCAUGAGGAGGAGAGUAAAACAGAAGCAGAGGAGGGAGAGGUGCGAGUCAGCGUGUCAGAGUUCUCCUCUUUAGCGGCUGGCUCUCUGCUCUACCUGAGCUCUCCUGGCUUGGCCUGCACCGCCGUCACAGAGGGGAGGUGGGGAGAGGAGACCGAGCAUUUUCUGCACAAAAUCACACAUCAUGAGCACCAUGAUCACCACCACGAGGAGGACGAGGCGUCGCACAACGACACACACACCCACGAGGAGGAGCACCAGCAUGAGCACAUAGACGCUCAUGGUCUGGAGAGUCUGCUUCGAGGGCUCGAUGAGCACUACAAGCCCUCACGCAACGAGAGCUGUGUUACACCCAACGCCAUCAUGGCAGCAGUGAAUGCGUCAUCAGCAGGCGCCAGUGAGAUCGAGGUGGGUGCAGUGAUGGGGCGCGUCUUGUAUCACGCCUUGCAGGGUCACUGCUUCAUAAACCGUUUCCUGCCUGAGGAGAGCUACUUCCUGGACUACAUCAUGCAGCGUAUCGGCUCCGAGAAUUUCACCAUCCAUGACCUGGAGGCUCUCAUGAGGAGCCUGAAGCUGGGUCCUAGCUUGGAUAAGGAGCACGAACACGGGCAUGAGCACCAUGAACACGAGCACCAUGAACAUGAGCAUGCUGAUCAUGACCACAGCGAUCAGAGGUGGAGGAAGAGAAGUACCCAUGAACACCAAGAGGAACACUGGGGAAACAACACAGAAGCCCCGUGUUUCUCAGCUGAGGAGCUGGUGCUGAUCCACGGUAUGGAGAACAGUUCUGCUGCCUCCUCCCUGGAUCGGUCCGACUUGGCCCGGCUCAGCCCUGCGCUGGUCCAGCAGAUCCUGAGUGGAGCCUGUGUUGGCGACACAGAGAGUCCACAGCCCGAUGCGCUUACCACAGCUGAGAGAUACAUCUACGCGACCAUAGCCAAUGUGGUGAUAACGGUGACGUCCAUGUUCGGCAUCGUGGUGCUGCUGUGUACGUCCUGCACUGAUGUCUUCCAGCUGAGCAUCCAGUUUUGCAUUAGCCUGGCUGUGGGUACACUCACAGGGGACGCCUUACUGCACCUGAUGCCCAUGUUUCUAGGCUUACACGUGCACUCCAGCGAAGGCGGCAGUCACCAAGAUCACAAUCACGAGGAUGGCAGUCACGACUACAUAUACAAGAUAUUGGUGGUGCUGGCUGGGAUUUACUACUUUUACCUGAUGGAGGCAAUCUUCUCUCUGGUCACACGGAAAGAUAAUCAUCACCAUCAUCCUCAUCAUUACGAGGAAGAGUCAGAGCCGCACCACUGUGACCAUGGAAGAGUUUUAGAGAUGUACCAACAGAAGAAGAAACAACAGAAAUCACAGUCAGCAUCAAAAACAGACCUGGUUGACUGUGAAGACGACAACAAAUCAUUUCCAAAGCCAACAGAGCGCAGCAGAGAACAGCGUCUGCUGCCCUACAUGAUCACUAUAGGCGAUGGGAUCCAUAACUUUGCCGAUGGUUUGGCGAUUGGUGCGGCUUUCUCCCUGUCAUGGAGGUCUGGUUUGGCCACAUCAGUAGCUGUACUCUGCCAUGAGCUACCACAUGAGCUGGGUGACUUUGCCAUUUUGCUCCACAGUGGUCUGUCAGUCCGCCGGGCUUUGCUGCUGAAUGUCGGCAGUGCCAUGACCUCGUUCGUGGGCCUGUACAUUGCUCUGUCUGUGGCCACUGACCUUGCCACCAAACAGUGGAUAGCUGCUGUCACUGCAGGGCUUUUUCUGUAUGUGGGACUGGCUGAUAUGCUCCCCACAAUGGUUCACUCCAGCAACAAGAGACCCUGGUUGAUGUUUCUGUUGCAAAAUAUCGGCCUGCUGAGCGGCUGGGCCAUCCUGUUGCUGCUGUCGAUGUUCGAAGACAAAAUAGGCUUUUAAUACAAGGACACUGGGACAGACACACACGCACAAAACACAAUGGUCGACUCGGCGGAUUUCUCUUCCUGCUGGUGUAAUCAGUAUAGAUAAUAAAGGCCGUGAUAGGCGGACACGACAAUAAACAUACAGGAACACACAGAUCAACACGUUAAUUUGCUGAGAAAAGGGGGCCCAUUUCACUGUGGAUUUUCGUGAGGACUCUACAGAUUUUUAAAACACACACAUUGAUGCACAUGUAUAUAGACAUGCAAGAAAAUGUUUGCACAUACAGUCCAGACUGUUGUACACUCCUUUCAUUCAGAACACAGUAUAUUGUUGCUUACAUGACCUCAGUGAUGUCUGGAGCCUUUACCUCAAUAUUUUAAUAACAUGAGAAAUCAGCAGUUAUUGCCAAAUGAUGAUUUUAUAAGCACCAAAGUUCUCUGAAAUUUCUUCCCCCCACUUUGUUAAUUCCCAUUCAUGAUGAAGAUGUGGAGGUGGAAAUCACUGUUGUCCAUCUUUACCCAUCUGUACCUCACUACUGUAAUAUGUUGUCUGUGUGCUAUUGUCUUUAGGCUAUCCAGCCUCAAAUUAUUUUUUAAGAACAAUACUAAAUUUCAAAAUGAGCACUUUGGGUUUUCCUUGAGUUGUAACUCCUGUUCUUUGCACAGUUUUGACAGUUUUAGGAAAUGAAAACAUGUUAUGCAAUGAAUCAGUGGGAAAAUACAUGUUAAACCGUAUUUUGUGCUAAAUGUAACUAAAAUCCAAAGCAUAUUAAUUAUGCUGGCACAGAAUGUAGAGUUAAUUGUUUUUAAUGUGAUUAUGUGAUUUGUAUUGUCAUAUUUGAAAAAUUAAAAUGCUUUUAAACACUC